UCGCCAACUCUUCUCCAAGCUUUUUUCGAUGUCUCCGGUCACUGCUGCUGUAUUGCUUACUGACUGACUGACUCGAAUCCCCCCCCCCCCAUAUUAACUAAACCAUCGGAGAGGAUGCACUACCUCACCAGUCGACAGCUAUGCGCCACUUUGUUGUUCCUCUUUCUCCACGCCCAGACCGCGUUGUCGGACUUGGGUAUUGUCGCCAAUAAUGAAGAUUCAUUAAAAAAGGGCGCCCAGGAAAUCAUCCCUCCGAUGAUGGAGUUCUACAAGCAGAACCAGACGGAGGGAAUUCCUGGAAAGCUGACGGACACCUGGUAUAUCGCUGGUAGUAUGUUCAUGACGUUAAUUCAAUACUGGCAAGCAACGGGCGACGACAGUCAGAAUGCGGUGGUGUCUCAUGAUCUCAUGUUCCAAGCGGGCGAAAAUUAUGACUUUUUCUCUCAAAAUUACAGUCAAUGGCUGGGUAACGACGAUCAAAUGUUUUGGGGUCUGGCAUCUAUCACUGCCUCCGAGGCCGGAUUCCCCGAGCGCGAUGGGAAACCGUCGUGGACCUCCCUCGCGCGUGCGGUCUUCAACGAGCAGAUCGAGCGCUGGGACCCUCAAACCUGUGGAGGUGGUAUGCGCUGGCAGGUCUGGCCCUACCAAGCUGGUUAUCAGUUAAAGAACGCCAUCUCCAACGGCGGUCUGUUUGAAUUAGCAGCGCGAUUGGCUCGGUUUACGAAAAACGACACCUAUACCGAAUGGGCCGAGAAGAUUUGGGACUGGUCGGCCAAGUCGGGGCUGAUGGACGUCAACAAGUGGAUAAUCUACGAUUCGGUCAACAACGACGAUCAAUGUAAGAGUCCAGACAAUCUCCAGUGGACCUACAACUAUGGGACCUAUUUGUCGGGAGCGGCCUUCUUGUACAAUUACACCAAUGGCGAUGAAAAAUGGCUGAAUCGGGUCAACGGUCUGCUCGGCACGACUCUCAAGACCUUCUUCCCGGACAAGUACGGCGGCAAUACCAUGUCCGAAGUCGCAUGUGAGCCCAUCAUGUCCUGCGACAGAAACCAGAUCGGUUUCAAGGGUUACCUAUCCAUGUGGUUGGCUUUCACCUCCAUUCUUGUACCGUCCACCAAGGAUCAGAUCGUCCCUAAGCUGCAAGGGUCGGUUGAAUCAAUUUCCAAGAUGUGCAACGGCCAAUCCGACGGCGAAAGCAACCUGUGCGGUCUCACCUGGGGUGCUAACAAGUUCGACGGGGUCAAGGGCCUCGAAGCUCAAAUGUCGGCCCUGGGUGGUGUUACGGCCAAUCUGAUGCUUAUGGCAACCGAGUCACCCAACACGAUCGAUACGAACCCCGACGCGAAGGAACACAAUGUGCCUUCCGAGGGAGGGGGUAAGGAUCCCUCUAAGCUGAAACCGAUCACCACCGCGGAUCGAGCGGGCGCUUGGAUCCUGAUGGUGAUGAUGAUUGCCGCAAUCACGGGCGCCGUCGGCUGGCUCGUCAAGCCUUGAGUCGAGCAAGUCCAGAUUUGUUGGUAAGGUUCAGAAUUGCGGGAUUUGGUUACUUCCAUGGUUGAUUGUAUGUAUAUAAUAUUUUUCAUUUUCAUGGUGUUUCUUGGGAGACGGUUGGGAU